AUGUCGUAUUUCUAUCAUAUACGGCCGUUUACGGAUCGUAUUCUUCGACCGGGGUUUCUUCAUCAAUUUCAAUCAAUUAUUGAAUUUGUUGUUCAUCAUUUUAUUUCAUCCAUUAUUCAAAACGAACCACUUUUACUUGAAGCAAAUCGUUUAGGUUUUUCUGAUAAACAAAUUAGUAUAUAUUGUGAUAGUACAGAAGAUGAAAUUCGUGCAUUACAUCAGCAAUUUGUUAUUCGACCAUUUAUUAAACAAAUUAAUACAAUUUCUGAAAACAUGUCAUCAAGUGAUGAAGAUUUUCGUUUUAUUGGAACAUUAUAUUUAAUGAAUGCCUUACAAGAAAAAUUGUUUAUGUUGGAUGAUGAUGAUGAACAUCGAAUUGUUCAAGCUGUUUUAAUAUUAUCAGAAGAUACAAAUGAUGAAGUAUAA